GACAUCAGAGUCUGUUUUAGGACUAGUAAAAGAUAUUCUGAAUGGAGAUGCUGUUAAGAUAAUACCAUCGACAAUUUUGUUAAUUGUAUUGAAGGAGCUGAUUGAAAUUGACAUAUAUUCAUGCCCAUGCAAUGUUGGGAUGAAUGACCUGGUAACAGUGUUUGUGUUCAUUGGACCUGCUUUUUUUAUUUUCAUGUUAAUGUAUCUUGGACUUAGGUUUUUUAAAAAAAGAUGCAGUUAUUGUAGAGGAGCAAAUGAUGAUACUCAGGGGUACUGGCAUAAAGCUGUGACAGCUUGUCUGAUUUCACCUGUUAUAUGGAUUAUUAUUUUGUUACUUGAUGGUGAAUAUAUUGCUUGUGGCAUGACAUAUUGGAAUGGAGUUUAUGUGUUUGAUGAUGUGCUCCAGAACUUUUGGUGUAAACCUACUGAAGAGACAGAAAGUAAGACUUUGACUGAGCUACGGAAUCUGACUAGCAAAUAUAUUCAUCAGUCUCAGGUUUCAGGUUAUGCUUUGACAGGUAUUUUUAGUGUAUUGCUGUUUGUUUCUGUGGUAGUCUAUGACUGCUGCAACAGUGGGAGAUGUCAUCGCUGCCCAAGUCAACUGUUGUGCUGCAGACGAAGAGCAGCGACACAGCAUGAGGGACAACAUGUUGAAACAGUUACUGGUAGGAUUGAUGCUCCCUGUGACACUCCCUCCAACACUGAUCACAGCACAACACAAAAUCAGACUCCUUCAGAAGCUUCUCCUCGUCUUUGUGAGGUUACGGGGGCAAUUAAUGAAUCUAUCAGGGAUGUGAGGCAGCAGUCUGAGGUUUGCGGUUCCAACGCCGAACAGCAGCCCAUCACCAGCUAAGAUUUCAGCGACACACUGCACGAGAAUCUGCACUACUUCGGUUAAAAAGUUAACAGAGAACAGUUCAAUACACUUGAAUUAAAAGGUUACUUUUAAUGUUAAAUGUUGUUUUUAUUUUUAAAAUGCUUGUUAAAUUAGUCUUACA